AUGUGGAGGGGAGCAGACAUGAUGGCAGUGAGAGGACUGGUGCUGGUACUGGGUUUACUGGUGAGCGCUCACUGUGAGGUGAGAGCACGAGACCCUGAGGUGGAGGAGGAUGAGGAGGAACUGGGAGGAGGAAGAAGAGGAGGAGGAGGAGGAAGAGGAGGUGGAGAAGUGUCUCUCGACCACCUUGAGAGGCUUCAUCCCGGGGCGACAGAGACCCCUCCUCUGGGAGAGAGAGGGAACUACCCAGCCCGAACCGGGAACUGGUGUGCGUUCGUGCAGCAGCGUGUGGUUACCAUGGCGGUGGCGUGUGGAACAGAGAAGUACACCAUCAAGUCUCAGAGUCCAUGUCCGAGUGGGACGCUCGACUGUCAGCUGAUCAUGUACAAGCUGUCCACCCGGCCGGUCUACAGGCAGAGGCAGCAGAUCUCCACGGCUCUGCUGUGGCGCUGCUGUCCGGGACACGGAGGACACAACUGUGAGGACGCAGUCUCUGAUGCACAACUGGAUUCUGGAAGUUCAGCUCCGAUUGAAGGAUCUGAAAACGUGAGAACGGAGCUCCUCGCUCGAGAUCUGCAGAAGCUGCUCCAGCAGCGGCGCGUCGACCCAAACAGCGAACAGAAUGACCACCAGACACUGUAUGACACCGGUUACCAGGACAACCAGCACAACCAGCAUAACAUCACAGACCAAGCCCUGGACCUGGUCCUGGACCUGGAUCCAGCUCUGGACUCAGCCCUGGAUCAGCACCAAAACCAUAACCCUCAUCCCACUCCUCAGCACCCCACGGACACGUACGACCAUCAACCCCACCAGCCCAUCAAGCACCUGGACCUUGCCCUGGACCCAGCCCUGGACCCAGCCUUGGACUCUGCCCUGGACCUCGACCCAGCCCUGGACUUGGACCAGGACCUGGACCCAGCCCUGGCCUUGGAACUGGACCAGCACCACAACCCAAACCCUCAUCCCACUCCUCAGCACCCCACGGACACGUACGACCGUCACCCCCACCAGCCCAUCCAGCACCACCCCCACCAGCCCCAUCAGCCCAUCCAGCGCCACCCCCACCAGCCCCAUCACCCCCAUCAGCCCAUCCAGCACCAUCAUCUUCCUGAUGCCGACGCCCUCCCACACUCAGAACCCCCUCCCGCCGUCUCCGUCCCCGACAUGAUGACCCUGCUAAUGUCCCAGCUGCAGCCGGUCCUGCUGGGCUUCACCCGCUCACUGGAGCACCUGAGCCGGCAGGUAGGGGAGCUGGUCCGCGACGUGGCCGAGCUGAAGAGCGGCCAGCUGGAGGCGGAGAUGCAGGCCGGGCCCCCGGCCAGCCCCCAACUGGACGAGGAGGCGGAGGAGCGCCUGGAUGCCAAACUGGACGAGGCGUUCCAGCAUGUCAGGGAGGUCCAGAGGCAGGUGGAGCGACAGCGGACAGACAUGGAGAACAGGCUGCACUCCCAGCAUGCAAUGCUGCACUACAACCUCACCAGCUUCAAGACGGACAUCGACGUGAAGCUGAAACGCCACCAGAAGAUGCUGCAGCUCAGCCUGCAGACCAUAAAUACUACACUAACUGAACUGAAGCUGGACCAGGAUCAGACCACUGAGGAUCAGACCACUGAGGAUCAGACCACUGAGGGUCCGCUGGAGGAUCAGACCACUGAUCAUCCCCCUCCUCCCUCCCUGCUUACCCCCAGCCCGCCGCUGCAGCCCUCACACACCUCGGCGCUCUGGGAGGCCAUCGAGCGCCUGGACAACAUGGUGGUCAACAACACAGUGAAGGUGGACGGCCUGAUGGAGGACAUGGAGGGGACGUCGGGGGACGUCCAGCUGCUGAGGCGAGACCUGAAGGAGCUGGAGAAGCACAUCAACCAGACGGCCCGGAACGGUCAGGUCCAGUUCAUGGAGACGGGGCUGGAGGUGGAGGCGGCGAGAGUGGCGGUGCUGUGGCAGGUGGGCGAGCUGACGGGGAACCUCAGCCGGCAGGGCGAGCGGCUGCGUGAGAUGGACGUGGACGUGGACUAUUUGUACGAAGCCUUCUACAAGCAAAACUCCAGCACGGACUGCGACUGCAAGGGCCUGAGGGCCGCUGUUGCUCGACUGGAGAGGGGCGUGGCUAAUGUGACGGAGCUGGCCAAUGACAACAGAUUAGCCCUGGACGAGGAGAGCGACGGGGUGGGGGGCCAGUGGAGCGAAGCCGGCUACUGGGAGCCGGCGGUGGAGGCGCUCCAACAUGGCCUCCAGCAGGUGAAGGAGUCUGUGGCCUCGGAGCGCAACAGGACCACGACUCUGGAUCACAGCCUGGACCGGCUGAGCAGCUCGGUGAAGGUCGCCGUGGCAGAGGUCUCCGUCCUGAAGGAGGCGGACCGGAAGCUUUUGGGGGAGAUGCACCACCUGUCCGCCUCCUUCAGGUCUCUGCUGACGGACGCCAUACGACACAGCGACGUGCUGGAGCUGCUGCUGGGGGAGGAGGUGCUGGAGUUCUUGGAGUGGCCCGUCCAGGAUCAGGAUUCCCACUCCAUCCCAGCUCUGAAGGAGCAGCUGAGGCUCCUGCAGGAGCAGCAGAGAGGACACGGCCUGAGCAUCAGCUCAAUGCUGGGAAACGAGCCAGGAGGUAAAGCGGAGAAACCAUCUGCUGACCAGCCCUCCUCCUCCUCCUCCUCCUCCUCCUCCUCCUCCUCCUCGACCCAUCUUCUCUCUGACGACCGGCUCCCCGUAAACAUGAGGAGGAGCAGCGAUGGAGUUCCGGCCCGCGAGCGCCAGCUGCUCCUCCACCCCGAGGGGAGGCGUCCGGAGCACGGAGGAGACGGCAGCGAUCUGUGGAACCUGGAGAAAACGGUGGAGGAACUGAGGCUGAAGGUGCUCCGGCUAGAGGAGAGAUCCGGCAACACUUCAAGCGAGAGGGAGGCGGCUCCGCCCGGUGACCUGGAGGCCAGGCUGCAGGUGGAGGUGAUGAGGCUGAAGAGGGGCCUGGAGGAGCAUCUGAGGUUGUUCAAGAACGUCUUCAGCAACGCCGACGUGCUGGCGGGAUCCGACGCCACGCUGGAGCUCGACAAGCUGUGGCAGCUGGUGAAGAACAAAGACGGAAAGAAAGAGAAGAAGAGAGGAGGAUCAGAGGGAAGAGGAGGAGGAGGAGGACACCAUCGGAGCAGGAGGGAGACAUCAGGUGUUGCUCCCGCCCCGCCCAGCCUAUCAGGAGAGUCCCUGCUGCUCGUGGCCGGAUCCCCUCUGAGCGUCUCGAACAGCGUCAUCGCGUUCGAAGCGUCGCUGAACCGGGGUCAGUUUUACUCCGACGCCGGCACCUUCGCGGCUCCGCAGAACGGGGUCUACCUGUUCGUCCUCACCUUGGACCUGAGGCCCGGCCCCACCCACGUGGUCCUGAGGAGGGGGCCGGGCGGAGCUCCGGUGUCUCUACACCGCCGCGAGGUCACGGUUGCCGGGCCGGUCACCGACGUGGGCCUCCUGCCGCUCAGGGAGGGGGAGGAGGUGAGGCUGGAACUGAACGGAGCGGUAUGGACGGAGUCGGAGGACAACGUGUUCACCGUGCUGCUGCUGCACCGGACCGACUGACGGCUGCAGGAGAGACACUCGUCACAGACUCUGGGAGUCAAAACAUAUUCAUGCAUAUUCCAGUUCGUGGAGGUUUAAUCCAAAGCACCCUCGACCUUUAAACCACCACGUUAUGAUCAAUCUGCAGGAUAACAUCUUCGUAGCCAAACUUCUAAACUUGGCAAACUAGAAAAGGUCUGAAAGAAAUUCAAAGACACAAUUAAACCAGUUAGCCUGGCUGUGUCUAAUGUUAGAAAACGCACCAGCACCUCUGAAGUGCACUGAUUAAAAUGUUAGAUUGUGUUUGCUAAAUGAAAACAAACAAGAAAUGACUAGCUCAAAACUACAACAAAAAAAGUGAAUUAUUUGACUACAAAGUGGGUCAAAACAACAACAAAACAAGACAGACAAAAGGUUCAGUUUCUGAUUGUGUUGCACAGAACGAGAUAAAAAAAACCUCAUAACAUCCUCAGAUUUGCGGGUAGUUGUAUCUCUGAACUUGGUGUCUUCCAACUCGCUCCAAUUGCCAGUGACUUCAAUCGAAGCCUCAAACUGAAGCACGUGUUGCUUUGCUUAGCUUAGCAUCAAGGCUAAAAGCAGGUAGCCUAUAAACCAGUUAGCCUUGGUGUGUCCAACAUUAGAAAACACACCAGCACCUCUGAAGUGCACUGAUUAAAAUGUUAGAUUGUGUUUGUUAAAUGAGGACAAACAAGAAAUCAAUCCAGCACAAAACUACAAAAAAAUGUUAAUUAUUUGACUACAAAGUGGGUCAAAACACCCACAAAACAAGACCGACAAAAGGUUCAGUUUCUGGUUGUGUUGCACAAAACAAGAUAAAAAACCCUCAUAUAACAUCCUCAGAUUUGCUGGUAGUUAUAUUUUGGAACUUUAGGGAAUGCCAGGCUAAGUGUUCCCCCUGCUUUCAGUGCACACGUGUUUGAUUCAUCUGGUUGGCGUCUGCUUGCUGUCACACUCAACUGAGUGUCACUUUGACCUGAAGUCCAGAUUCAUCUUCAUCUUCAGACACUAAUCUGACCACGGAUCAGCUUCUGCCGACAGUUUUCUCUCCGAGGAGAGAAGUUAAACAUGUCUGUAAGAGUCAUCACAUCGCCUGUGUCUUUUACGGGAUAAAAAAAAAAAGUUAUACAUAAAGACAUGUUUGUAUCUAAAGUCACCUGAAUGUGUAAUGUUUGUAAAGUACCAAUAUAGUAAGGAGAACGUACAGAGCAGUAUAUGAUAUAUCUAUAUUUAUAUAAAGGAACAGCUGAGCCGUUUGUUGGUGUGAACAAAGUCAUGAGUGUGUUUUAGAAACGUCACAUGGUGGAACAUUCUGUGUAACUUAAUAAAAAUAUUUUAUCUACAGAA